AUGGAAGGAAUUCUCUGGAAGUGGACUAAUUACUGGAACGGAUGGCAAACCAGAUGGUUUGUUUUGGAAAAUGGUAUUAUAUCGUAUUAUAAAUCUCAAGAAGAAGUCAGCCAAGGGUGCAAAGGGUCUGUGAAAGUUUCGGUUUGUCAAAUCAAUGUUAAUGCAAUGGACAACACAAGACUUGAUCUAGUUAUACCAGGACAGCAACACAUGUAUUUGAGAGCACCGUCACCACAGGACAGGCAAAAAUGGCUGGUUGCACUAGGAAGUGCUAAAGCAUGCGUUGACUCAAAAGAUCUGAAAGCUGCGUCAUUAGAAGAUACAAACUCAUUAGGUCAUAAGAAAUCUGAGUUACGUUUAUAUUGUGAUCUGAUGAUGCAACAAGUGCAUGCGGUGAAGAGUGCAGCUACUGCUGAAGGCGGUCCUGAGACACAGAAAAUUGAAGAUGCUUCAAGUCUACUCACUGCAACAUGUGAUACUUUCAUAAGAACAUUAGAAGAUAUAAUGAGAUUAACAUCCAAUGCAGGACAAAAUGCUGCAACUUUUGAGAUGCCAAUACCAAAUAUUAAAAAUAACAGUUCCAAUAAGACUCCUAGGCAAAGUAUAAGUCGGACGUUGUCCCAAGAAAACAGAUGA